AUGGCGCUGCAAUCUGUUCCUGUUGGCGCUCGACUAGACACCGCCUCGUUGGAUUCUUGGACCACUGGAGAAAAGUGUAAAAGGAUCGCCUUUGAAAAGUUUGCCGCUGUUUCCCCUUGCGUUUUCGUUAAGUUAAUAGUUCUUACUGAUUUAGGUAUUUCUGUUUGCUCAAACCUAGACACAAGAUUUCACUACGUUAUUUUUUGAGCUUUGCUUGAAUGAUUGGCUUUAACUUCCUCUUUCUUUAUUUAGCUCGUAGGGGCUGCGGACUUUCCAUUUGACUUCUUCCUUAUAUCUUUAAGUCAUGCGAUAUAACAUUGUUGCAUUAUAAAAUACGAUUCUUUAUUCGUUUACCAAGAUGUUACAUAUAUUGCUACCUCUAUUUUCUUCCAUCAAAGUUAUCUUGCAAUCUGUCCUCCACUAUUCUUGAUCAUUUCAAUGUUUUUAUUUACAUUAAUACAUCUUUAAAAAGCUUUAACAAUCUUCAUAUUUUUGCUAAUUUUUGCUCUAAAAAAUUUAGUGAGAAAGUCUAUAUUUCGAUUCCUUUUGUAUCUACGUUGCCAGGUUCAUGAUUCUCGUUUUAUUUGCAGAUUUGCAAAUUCUGUGUUUAAUUCGUAAAACUGUUCUUAGUAUUUCAUCUGCACUAGGAAAUUCCAUCCAAUUUGCUUCUUUCAAGUUCAACAUGUUUUUUUCUAUCACACUUCCAUCGUUUUAUAUCAUACCCUUGUUUGUUUGAAAAAAAAAAUGUAAUUGAUUAUUUAUUUUCUUCUCUUUUACUUUUUCAGCGUUUCUCAAUUCCUCCGAGCAUCUACGUAACAGCUCGUCACCAAAUUCUCAAGAGACCUCAGGACGCCUUGGCCUUGUGGGUAGAGGAUGUACGCAGAGACAGUUUUAAGGUUUGCCUCAGGGAAACUAAGAAUUUUGAUGGACUGCAUAAAAACAUCAAGGUGGUAAGUGAAUUCCUUUUGUUACCUGUUACAUGUUUGAAAGUAGACUCACACGACAACCAAGCGGUUCCUCCCUUGCUGCAACUUACAGGGGCUGUGCUCUAGCAGAACCCAGUUGCCCCUGAGCUCUACCUUUGCUCUUUGCCUACCAGGAAAUCGUAGCUUUUUUCAUAGAGAUCCUAUGUUGGGUUCCCUGUGAUUUACACAGGUUCAGAGCAAUGGGCUAACUUCUCUUAGAAACAACCUUGACUUGAGAAAGAAUAUAUUGAUAACAUUGUUAAUACUUUUUCACUUGUCCUUCAGGACUGGAUAGCAUUUGUUAAGCUGAUGACGCUGAAUUCUACCUUGAUCCAUGGCCUUGUAAUAACAAAGAAUAACUCACCACUAAACAAGCAACAAAACAACGCUGUCUGUCAGGUAAAGUAACUAAUGAACUAUAUAUACUGUUUUGGUUUCUCAGUCACUUAUAUUCAUAAAUAGAAAAUCUUUCAUACGUUCAUCGAGCUGUAAUGUUGUUAUCGUCAACUAUUUAAUCAACAUAUAUCAUAUACCGCAUAUGUGUAGAAAAACGUCAGAACGCUGAUUCUUUUCUUGUUUUUUUAGAUAAUAAAGUUCACUGAUGCUUUCUAUGCCCCUCCGGUAGUAAUGGUUUCACCAAGACUCAGUUACCGUAACAACAACUCUCGUUUCUCGGCUUCCGCAACUUGUAACGCAGUUACUGCGUGGAUUCAGGUAACAAAUAUGAAACUUGGAGCCAUUUUUCUUAGUCCAUUGCGUCCUUAGGCUGCCUUCUUAUCUUUUCCUGUCGAACUUACUUUUAGAAUUGUCUCUGUUUCAAUUUUUCAUGUCGUUUAAGGAGUCCAAAAAAGUUUUUUUUUGUUUCAUUUUUUCCCAAUUUUUCCAACCAACCUGUGCACGCCACGGUUUCGCUUUCUGAACGACCUUGGUGUACCUAGUGACAUAGCAGUUAAGGUAAGAAAAUACCUGAUGAUGCUUAAUGAUUGAUAAUCUGAUACUUCUAAUGAUUGUGUCUAGCAUACCUUUACAAACGAAACCGAGGUGUGUAUGAGAAGAUACAGCAAUAACGCUAAUUAUAAGGACAUCGUACAACUGGAUUACCUGGUGAUUGGAGGUACGUAAACAAUAUAUCAAAACCUUGGUGAAGGCUGUAUGCUGCAGUGUAUCAAGUACAUUUUAUGACAUGAAUCUUUUGAAGUUGUUUCAUGCAGAGCUUUUUUUCUCUAAUUGAUGCUAUUUUUUUGUUGUCUCUAUUUUUGGGGAUUGUAGAUUUGGUUGACUGAGCUGAAAAACGGGAUCAUAUGCAUUCUUAUCCUUUUCUUAGAGUCGCCAGUGUUGUUGCAUCUACCUGCAAUGCAUCUUAUUGGUAUCUUAAAGCAGUUUCAGCUUGUAAAUUGGACGAACGUUUUGUAGAAUCUAUAUUUUACUUUACUUUUUAUACUAUCUAAAGUCACGUGUUCCUUAAUUUACGUUACAGUUUCUUAAUAUACGUUAGAGCCCCUUUGUUUCCGGGAGGCAUCCGAGUGAAGACUUGCACGAAUGGUGUGCCAAAGUGGCGGUAAAUUUGAACGUGUCAAAAAAUUCUCUUUAAUAACAUUGUGUUCAAAUCAAUUAUUUUUUUUUUGCCGCACGUUCUCAUAGUAAUGUGCAUUUUCAAUUCUAAAAAAAUAACUUUUUAAGUUAUGGGCGCUUUAAAUCCAUCUGUUGUUAUUUGCUUAAUUAUCUUCAGACUUGGAUCCCUGCAUAGACGUUACGUGUUAUUAUCACAGCUUCUGUAAGGCGUUUGGACCCCAUGAUGCACGCUGUGUAUGUGUGGAUAGCUGCCCAUCUUACAAAGAACCCGUUUGCUCAUCAAAUGGCACAACGUACGACAACAGAUGUUUGUUUGAAAGAGAAGUUUGUCUACAUCGACUAAACUUAACCGUGCAACAUCCUGGCAGCUGUGAAGGUUAGUACAAUUGUUUUUGACUCUGUUAAAAAGUGAUUUUUCUUUUUAUUAGAUUUCAGUAUUAAUCCCUUAGUGAAUUUUUCGAAUAAGCUAUUUACUUACCCAUGUAAUCUGGAGGGAAAAACGGCGAUAGAUGCAUAACUUUAUGGAAGUACAGAAUUUUACGUAAUUUUCCUAAAACGUUUGUCAUGCACAGGAGCAAUGCUAAUAAGAAUACUGGUCAGAAAAAGUGGCGGAUACACUUAUAUUUAAGCAUUUUCAGUUAAUACUCAACGAAAAUAUUUGUUUUUUUUUAUAUAUGUAUCACUGAGGCAAAUUUAAAACUGAUUCUUCUCUCUGGGAUCAGUAGUAUAGUAGUAGUAGUAGUAGUAGUAGUAGUAGUAGUAGUAGUAGUAGUAGUAGUAGUAGUAGUAGUAGUAGUAGUAGUAGUAGUAGUAGUGGUAGUAGUAGUAGUAGUAGUAGUAGUAGUAGUAGAGUAGUAGUAGUAGUAGUAGUAGUAGUAGUAGUAGUAGUAGUAGUAGUAGUAGUAGUAGUAGUAGUAGUAGUAGUAGUAGUAGUAGUAGUAGUAGUAGUAGUAGUAGUAGUAGUAGUAGUAGUAGUAGUAGUAGUAGUAGUAGUAGUAGUAGUAGUAGUAGUAGUAGUAGUGGUGGUGGUGGUGGUGGUGGUGGUGGUAGUGGUAGUGGUAGUAAUAGUAAUAGUAAUAAAUUGCUUUAUUUGCAUGACCGCAUCACUUUACAGUAUUGCAAAAGCAUGUAUAUGACAAUCAAAAUGAAAACAAAACAGCACUAAUAACAAUCUAGAAAAAUUCGGUUACAUUACUAACAAUGAAUCAAGUAUUUUCAUGCAGGAGGAGACAAACUUCAUAACUAACUUAUUUACAUGAUGUUCCUUCGAAUUCAUUAUCAGUUUUAUGCUUUCCGGAGAUGAUUUCUUGUCAAAGUCAGGUAUUAUUCGAUUGAUUUGAUUAAUAAAUGCCUGUCUCUGUACUGAGUAUUUGUUACAUUGAAAGAGGAAAUGAAUCUCAUCUUCUACCUGAUUUGAGUUACAUAAAGGACAUAAUCUAUUUUCUCUUGGCAAAUGAUCGAUUUGGUAUCGACCAUGUUCAAUCAUAAGUUUGUGAUUACUUAUUUUAAAUUUAACAAAAUUCUGUCGUUCGUCAUAAUGUCUUAGCUGGUAGAGAUAAUCAGAUGUAGAAUAUUCAUAUUUAAAAGUUUUAUAAAAUUCUAGUUUUUUUGAAUUUUCGAGGCUGUGCCGCCAAAAAGAUAGAUAUUUCUCUCUCAUUUCUGUGGUAUAUCGUCAAAUUUUAUCGUUAUCUAGAGAUUCAGCAGCUAAACUGGUUAGAUUGUAUUGUUCAAGCAUGUUUAUGAAAUUGGAAAAAUAUCCGGAAUUAUUCAUAGAAUGUAGAUUCUUUGACAUAAGGAAAGACUGUUUGACUAUAGAGUCAUUAUCUUUGUUGUUGAGGUAAACAAAAUAUUUCAUAAUUUUCUGAUUUAUCGGGAUAAGCAGCGGCAGUCUAUCAAGUUCAGCUCUGCAGGCUAUGUUAGAAGCCUUAUUGUUAACCUCUAAGUAACGUUUACAGAAUUUGAGAUGGAUUUUUUCUAUUGGGGAGCUAUCCCAUUUUUUAAAAUCUUGCUUGGUGUACAUUCCCCAUACCUCGCUGUUGUAACUCAAGAUUGGGAAUACCAUGGUGUCAAAAAUUUGGGAUGCAGUAUUAGGAUUAAGUUUGUUAAGAAUUGUCCGCUUCCGAAUACUAGAAAACGCGUGAAGGGCCUUUUCUUUUAAGUGUUCGAGUGCAAGUGUAAAGUUUCCCGUUGGAGUUAAACGUGUACCUAAAUAAGUGUAUUCUUGGACAAUUUCAAUUGACUCACUGCCUAUGUUGAAUUUGAUGUCAAUAGAUUUUUUUGGGCGUUUCUGGAAUAUCAUAAUUUUUGUUCUCUUGGGAUUAAUUUUUAGCUUCCAUUUGUCACAAUACAAAGAAAGCGCAUUUAAACAGUUCUGUAAUCCAGUUUUCGAUCUUGAUAGAAUAACUAAAUCAUCUGCGUAGAAAAGUGAAUUUAGUUUUUUCCCAUUUGGGAGAACAAAUGGGUCAGAUAAGGUGUUUUCGAAUAAAAGUGGUAGAUUGUUUAAAUAGAGGUUAAAUAAAAGAGGGCUUAAAAUACAGCCUUGGCGUACACCUCUGGAAUAUGAAAAAGGCUGUGUUUUGUUUUCACCGAUUUUGAUGGAACAUGUCGAGUUGCAAUAAAGACUUUUCAUGAGGUUGUACAAGUUUCCUCCUAUAUUCGUUUUUAGCAGCUUAUAAAACAAUCCUUCGUGCCAAACAGAGUCAAACGCUUUGCGGAAAUCUACGAAACAAGCGUAGACUUUUUCCUUGUGAUAAUGCACAUAUUUAUCUAUUAGGGUCCUUAGAGUGAAAACAUGGUCUGCAGUGCGGUUUUCAGGCAAAAAGCCAAUUUGGGAAUUAUGUAAUAUCUUAUUUUCCUCAAAAUACAAGUGAAGUCUUCGAUUUAAAAUAGAACAGAACAGUUUUCCACGGCAACUAGAAACACAUAUGCCUCUGUAAUUUGUUGGAUCACUCUUGUCACCAGAUUUGUAAAUUGGGGUUAUGAGGCCUUGACACCAAACAUCUGGCAUUUUUCCGGAUUGUAAAAUGAGGUUAAAAAGUUUGACAUAGACAGGCAUUAGUGGUUCGAGGCUUGCUUUGAUCAUUUCAUUUCGUAUUUUGUCAACAAAUGGUGAUUUCUUAUUUUUCAAUUUCUUCGCCGCUUGACGUAUUUCCCUCUCAGUUAUCUCAUAAUCGAGAUGGUUAAACCGUUCCUUUUCGUGUUCUAAAGAAUUUAGUUCCCUAUGGAUUUCAUGUUCAUGCGUGGAAUUCGUCGGGUCAAUAGAAUGCAGAGAUUUGAAAUGGUGAAGCCAUGAUUCUUCCGAGAUUGGGGCAGGAACAUUUUCGUUGAAACACUGGACGAAAAAAUGGAUUUACUAGGGUAGCCAAAUUACAGCAAAUGUGUAGCAAAUACCACAUUUGCACAAUUUUACGCAAGAGCAAAGACUGAUAUUGCACUAGAUUUGCUAUCCGUAGCAAUGACGGUAAAUGCCACAUUUGCACAACAUUUACAUCUUGGUGCAAAGAUAAGGGCAGCCAUGGAUUUGAGGGUCAUUUGCAGAUGGUUCAAAUGUGUAGACAAAUAUGUUUCUUUGAACUAUAUUUGCACAUUACGCAAAUGAUAGCGCAAAUCUGCUGUUUUGCACAGCUUUUGCUUUAGAUGUAAAAGCAUGUAAACCUGUUAUUUUCAGAACGUUUACGCAGCUUUGCAAAUGUGAGCGAAGUAUCUAAUUUGAACAAUGUUUGCUUGGGUUAUCAUGGGUGAUCAAAUUUUCAUAUUGAACCAGAUUGCUUUGCAUGGCAAAUGUAACCAAACUCUUUGUAUUAAACAUGUUUGCUCACGAAGCAAAUGUUAGCAAACCUAAACUUUGAACAAAUUUUCUAGGGUGUGCAAAUUUGAUCAAACACAAAAUUUUGCUUGUAGGCAAAAUGUGGUCAAAAGUCAAGUUUUGAACAAAGUUGCUUGGGCAGCAAAUCCGAUCAAACUGUUAGUAUUGUACAAUUUUUUCGCUCAGGUAGCAAAUGUAAUCAAAUUCUGACUUUAAUUUGGUUAGCAAAUGUCAUCAAACCCAUAAAAUUGAGCACGUUUUCUCCAGUAGCAAAUGUAAAUUCCAAGGUUUAAACGAGUUUGCUUGGGUUGUAGCAAAUGCGAUAAAAUUUUAAAAAUAUUUUUAAUUAUAAUAUGGCUCACUUCAGGUUCUUAACAAGUGGCCAUAAUUAAUCAAACAUUAAAGUUACUGAAAGAAAUUCUAGCAGUGACCUUCCAUUAAUGUUUAAAUGAUUUAUUCCAUAAACCAAAGUGGCUUACACAUUAUUACAGACAUUACAAACUACAGUAUAAAGCUGUACAUACAGCUCUUCAUAUUAAUUCCCAAUUUUACUGUUCGUUGAUGUUUACCUGUCUCCACUCUAUGCUCUAUCAGAUCAUUACUAACUAUUAAUAUUAUAAGAAAAGUGUUCUUCAUCUAAAUGUGUAAGAUAUUCUACAUACAGCUGUAGGUGUUUCAGAGUUGCCUCAAACCUGUUUCAGUUCUGUUUUUGCAACUCAGAAACAGGUUAAAAAUCCUUUCACCCUUGGACCAAUUAUUAAUUUACUUAUGACAAGACUAUUUCUUACUUAAACUUUUGUAUCUAAGGACCAAAUUCUGUUUCAACUAAAUGGAACCCUCAAGACACCAUUUUAAUAAAUAAUUAGUAUUUUUGUAUUCAUUGCUAUUUACAGAUUAAACAAAAUUUGAUUCUGGUGGCAUUUUUUUCUUUAGGCUCUAUCAGGAUGAAAGGCCUAAUUCUUGCUACCAAUUUACAAUUUUUGCUGGUAUAACAACUGGGUUAUAGCAUUUAGCAAACUAAGAAAUAGUUUAGGUACAUACAGCUAUUCAAAUUCAGAUCAGACUUCUUUAACUUCAUUUUCGUUGCUAAUGGUUCCUGUAUAGUAUUGGAUAUGCUCUUAGAGGAAGUACCAGCCGGAGCUUCUAGUACUUGCCCCGUUCUAAGAAAAUUGAGGGUCAUGAAAGUAAUGACCAGCUAUAAGUAUUCCACAGCAUGUCAACAUUACCAUUGUCACUGUAGUUGGUCCCAAUGAAAGAAGCUAAUAAUUAUUUUAAACUCAGUAUACAUGUACAUGUAGUACAAAAGGUUGAUCUGGCUAGCCUGCAAAAUAACUACACUGCUGUCUCUCAUUACUCUUUUUCUUGAGUCAUGUUGCAAUCCUUUGCAAAAUUCUGUAACAAAUCAUGACAAAAAGCAGGGUGUACCUAAAUUUGUUUUGUUUUUUUGUUCAAGCAGGUCAGUUGCAAUUGCUGUAAUCGGUACAAAUGUACUGUGAAGUGGUGCCAGCAGAACUCAAAUGCUUGCAGUUAAGCAAACAGAUUUAAAAGAAACAUUUGUACAUUAAUUGGCCUUUUUAACCUGCUGACUGGUACAUUACUUGCAAACAAUAGCCAAAGGAUUCUAAUGAAAAAUUUAUCACAUCACCCAAUUUGAUCUACCUGCCACCAGAAUUCUCAGGACAAAUUAAUCAACACCAUCAGGAUUUGCACUGUUUACACAGAUUUAUCUUUUUCUAAAAAACAGUGUCAUAAACAGAGAGUGAUUAAAGGAUUACUGUAUUUGCAGAGCUACAUGUACAUGUACCUGUAAGUAUGACCAGUCAUAAAUAAUCUGGAAUUUCUUUAAGAGCCUUGGAUUAACUUAUAUUUCCUUAUCACAAAGCAAAUUCAGGAGCAUUAUCUGGUGCCUCCUGCUCUGAGGAGAAGCCAUUCCUCCUUUCUAUUGUCAUUGAGUAAUGACAAGCUUACAUGUGACUGUUUUAAUUUUGCUUUACUGUUCAGCUUGGCAAAGAGGUUUUUACAGGCUAAGUUGUUGACUCCUCCAUGCUAGAGGCCUCCUGCAAAGCACUUUUCUCGGAUUUGUCAUCUCCUUGGUCUGUAUUGCCUUGCUCUGAAGACCUGUACUCCACAAUUAUACAAGCUUUGAACUUACAACAAUCCUUCUUCGAAAUAGAGGUUGACUGGAAAAGGGUUGUCUCUUCAGCUUUUUCUGCAACAAACAGAAAUUAUACAUAAUUGAGACCAUUAAUAUUGAAACUAAAGCUGUAGAUGCUUGUCAUGAAAAAUACUAUUGUCCUUUUCUGUCUAAAUAUUCUAGCCUUUUAUAGCAAAAAAAAGUUGCUAUUAGAUAUUACAUGUAUUAUUACUGGCUGCAGUCACACUAGGUGACUAAACUUACUUAUUUCCUGAGUUAACUGAUAUCAAAAUUAACUAGUUUAAACAAAUUGCUGGCUCGUAACUUUCAUGUCUCAAAUCUAACCCCAAGCGGUCAUCAUAAUCCUGAUUACACUGUACCUGUUAAAACUAAGACCUUCUUUGAGCAAAAACAAAACGAAAAAAUGAAUGCGAGAAACCCUUUUGUAACAAGACAAUUGACUCCAGGUAAAUCAUUGUAUUAAUUUUAUAGUGAGUGUCCCACUACAUCACUACCAUAACAACAUUAUUGACAUAUUACUUAAAACUUCAUGGACCUGCUUCUUCUGCAAUAUUGCCAUCACUUACAGUGUAUCUUGGGAACAAAAGUUUAAUUAUACUAUAAUUGCCUCAUAUGAGGGAAUCCAAGACAGUUUUAGAUUCUGGAUUCCACGCUGCGGAUUCGGAACCUUUUUCAGUGGAUUGCUUGGUUUCUGGAUUCCAAUCGUUUGACUUGUAUUUCAGGUUUCAAAGCUCAGAAUUUAGGAUUCCAUAACAAAAUUGCCCGAAUUCUGGAUUCCAUAAGCAAAAAUUCCCGGAUUCCAGAAUCCCUUACAUGGGGUGAUCAUAAAAAACAAUCAGUGAAAGCAGGGUACCAUGAUCUAAAUUCUAGCUACACUAUGUUUUCAGCACCAUGGCAGUCACUACCUUUACUCCCCUUUUAAAUUUUGGAAAAGCCUUUGGAGAAAGUAGGCACUAGAGGAUAAGGUUAAUUUUGGCCUAAUAGAGGGGAAUUAACACUUGCUUCAAUUCUUAUUAAAUUUUCCAAGACCAUUUAUCUGAAGAGAACAACCAAACAAAAGAUUACAGUAUUUUUUACAACAACAGGACAAAUAAAGUUUCAGGAGAAGGGGUGGUCCUUGUUGAUUACUGAAUAUUGGAAUGCAAAUGUAGCCAGUAGGUAUUAUCAAAUAGCAUCAUUAAUGGCUUAACAGUAACAACGAACUUUCUUAUACUUACUGAGCAUUUCUUUUACUCCCGAUUAGUUGCUCCCUCAGCAUUUGUUUGUCCUCAACAUUUCUCCUGCCUCUUCUUAGUUUUACAAUGUCUGCUAAUUAAAACAGCAUCGAUUCACCGAAGUCUAUUUACUAAGUACUAACGGCUGCUUUCUUGGAUCCACUCGUUACUACUUGAUCGUCGCCGAUGGAGCUAUCUAGAUGCCUUUCAUGGUGGAUUUUCGUCGAAGGAUCUAUAAGUAUGCAGUUCCCUCGAGUUCGAGCGAUUAUUUUUAUAAGUUCUUCGAGGACGCAUUCGUUCGAUAAAUUCGAACAAAUAAGACUGGCCGAUUCCUCCAUACUCGACAGUCAACCCAACAAAGAAGGAAAAUUCGAAACCUCUUGAUAAAUAUGGCGUUAAACGUACGAAGUAAAAGCUGAUGGCAAAUCGAUGGCAGUGGAACGUGUUAACGGUCGACGAAUUUCAAUUGUUGUGCCUCGUUCUCGAACGGUUAUGCAGACUGUCGCUGACCAGCACCACUGAGGCGCAAAUGCUUGGGAAAUCGGGCGCGCGGUCUUUUGGCGAUUUGGCGGGACUGCCUAUGUUGCUGGAUUUCUUCUCAAGGAUAUUCGAAAUUUAAAAGGUAAAGUCGAUGUAUUUUGCUUUGUAUAUCGUGCUUCUACUGCCACAUCUAUGUUAUAACCGGGAAUAAACUACAUUUGCAUCCAUAUUUACAUUUGUAGCAUGUAUGAGCACGCGUGUCGCGUGCGUAUUGUAGUGAUCCAGCUGAAAAAAGCCUUGUUGAAAAAUUUAAGUGGUGUUAAGUCAGCAAAAUAUGUAGUUAUGCAAUGUUAAAAUGCUAAUUUAUUGGUAUUUGGCAGAAGUAGCUCAAGAUUAAUUGCUUGAGUAAUUUAUACUACCUCUGGCGCUAUAUUGACAUAUUGAGCGUAAUACCUGUACAUGUACCAUUGAUUUUGACAGGGGUAGGGUGGAGCCUUUAUUUUAUAUGCGUUACUGUCAUUUUUUUCUGUUUUGUUUUGUCAUGUUUUCAUAUACAAGGUUGUUUUGUUUAUAAUAGUUUAUAAUGAUACAGCUGUACAUGUAAGCUGAGUCAAAAGGUCAAAAAUGCUAAAAUGUGCCACAUGUGUAUUUAUAAUGUUCAUAAAGAUAAUGGCAACACAAGUAACAUAAUUCAUUUAAUUUCACAAUAUUAUCAAUAAAGGUAGAGUUAACAGUUAUUUUUAGUGUGUUUAGUGACUUUUUUGUGUAUUUGUUUCAGAUUCUUCCUUGAGUGGUACAGGAGUUAUUUCCAAUGUUCUUGAAAUUGAGUUGCAUCACCUGAACUCUCCAAAAGAUAAAGAGGUCAAUGAAAUACAGGUUCAGCAUGGGGAAGCUGUUUGUGGUCUGUGCAUGAAGCGAUGCUACAGGGGUAUUCCAGUGGGUCUCAAUUUAUUUACAGUAAUCAUUUUUUCCUCUUCACAAGAUGACAGAAUUGAAGCUUAUAUACUGAAUGCUCCCAUCCAUCAAUACCCCAUCUGUUUGGGGUAAAUGUCACAAAACAGAAACCUCACAUGUACUUCCUUGGGUUAUAUUUUUUACCAUCUUUACAGUAUUAUUUUUUCUUGUUCUUUGUGCGGUGCCCUGCUAAGGAAAUCCAUGUCCCUUUCACAGUGUUCUGCGGGAACAUAAUGUACUGAAAUUGUGUGAAGCUAUAGAACAUUUGCACUCAUAGAGGUUUCCCCACAGAGAUAUAAAGAGUGACAACAUUAUUCUUACAGAGGUAAACAAUAUGUACCACCCAAUGCUCAUUGAUUUUGGAAAGGCUAUCUUGCUAUCGGAUGCCCCUUCAAAACAGCAGUCCAUGACUGCUCACUAGCACUGACAUAUAGCUUAAGAAAUAUGCCUCAGAUAUUAUGUUUUCACUUGGCGUUACUAAGUCAUGGCAAAAGUUUCUGGCAAAGUGAAAGUAGAAAGUGAUUUUGUGGAAGGGCAAAGAAAAUGCCUUCAGACAGAUCCAAAGUUGAGAUUUACUGUCACUGCUCAAAACAAAUUUUUAGCUGGAACCUUUUUUUUGUCCAGCAAUUAUAAAAUAUCAUAUUCCUAUUUAAAAAGGAAAAUCAAAAAGUCAUCUUACUGGGUGAAUUCCUUUUCUAAAUAAAUCUAUUAAAAUUCGGCUCAUUUAGUAAAAGAGUAUAAUAAUAUUGAUGGUGUAAACCCCGUUGGUCUAAGAAGUUUAGGUUUAAGUGAAGAAAUGCACCUGAUGUUAUUGUUGUUGAGUGAAGGCUGAUAUAAAUCUCGCCAGUCUGUUUGAGCAGUUUAAAAAGACAAAUCAUAUUGAACUCAAAAUCAGGGUUGUAAAGAGCAGCAAAGAAAUUAUUCAUUCAUGUCUGUGCUGAGUUUCUAUUCACAAAUGAUAUGAAAUACAAAGAAAUUUCACCAUUUGUUGUAGUAUUGGCUGUUGGGCUUUCAAAAUGUGGUCAUUUUUAGGAGGCUUACCAUCAAGAUGUGGUCAUCUCUAGGUAUAGUCAGUGAAAACUAGAACAAAUAGCGGUAAGAACAAAAUUGUCAGUUUUGAUGUGAAGUUUCUUGAAUAAAUGGCCAUGAGGAAAUUGUGUACAAGUGAAUAAUCUCAACCCUGACUUUGAAAUGCACAGAACCAUUUUUUUUUUUACCAAAUUUAAGGUACUGUGGGUGGCCUUGUUAUUGUUAGCUUUUUAAUAAUAAUAUUAUGAUGUAGAAAAAAUACAGUAAAUGAUCUGACUACUGGACCUUUGUCCAGUAGAUUUGUUGUAGUGUAUUUACUUAAUGUAAAGGGGAGGUAGUGUGGGCCCUCUGUAACUGUAUACAACAGUUAACUGUGUCAUUUUGAAUUUUUAGUUUUAGUAAUUGGAGAUCCCUGCCCAUUGUGCGACCCUAGGCUUUACUAUUAUCAAAUGACAGAAGGGGAAUGUAACACAUGUCCAGGUUAUGUACCAUUGGCUCACUUCGAAGUGGUUAUGUGAUUUAGAAUUGGACCUAAAAAAAGACCGGGGCCCAGUUGUUCCAAAGACCGAUUAGCACUAACCCAGUGUUAGAUUUUAACCUACGUUUCUUUUUCCUUUUAAUCAAAAGCAUUUUGUUAGAUAAUUUUCCCUUUUUUUUAAGUAUCAAAUCACCAAAUUGUAGACAAAAGGAAUUCAAAUGAAUUUGUUUUUAAAACUUUCAUAUCUGAAUUCAUAUUUCGUACUAACCUUGGGUUAUCUUAACCCAGCUUUAAACAACCCAGCCUGGAAGGAUAAAUGCUGCAUGUUAGUUUUUUCUUUAUAGCUUAUAACUUUUCAUGAUCCAAGGCCAACUCAGAGCUCCUGUAACCCAGUAGGGGUCUGUUCAUUUUUUAAGGAGUGGGGGGCGGGGGCUUUGUUGGGUGGGAUUUGACCGGUAGUUCCUGUAUAUGAAGACCCUCUCUUCAUCAGAAUUUUUUGGGGAAGCCACAACCCCACUCCUUGUAUCCCAAGAUCAAAUAACCAGGAUUCAGGUGAAUUUUAGCCAGCAAAAAUGCUAUGACUUUUUUUGGAUUGAAUAGGUAGUACUUAAUGAACAGUGAGACUCAAACUCAGGGUUGCAAACAACAAAGUAAGAAAAAUUAGCCUUUCAUAAAUUUGUCAGCUGAGUUAAUGUUCAAAUAAAAUUGUGAGCAGUUUCACCAUAUUUUGUUGUAGUAUUGGCUGUUGGGUUUUCAAAAUGUGGUCAUUUUUAGGAAGCCGGCCAUCGAGAUGUGGUCAUCUCUAGGUGGGCAGUCAAAACUACAACAAAUACUGGUUAAACUAAAAUUGUUGGUUUUAAAUUGAAUUAAGUUUGUUGGUUAAAUGGCCAUGAGGAAAUUAUGUACAAGUGAAUAAUCACAACACUGAGUUUGAAAUCCACAAAACCUUUUUAUUUCGGACCAAAUUUGAUUUUUUAGUAUGAUGUACAAAAAAUACAGUAAAUGAUCUGACCACUGGACCUAACCUUGUGUUAUCUUAACACAUCUUUGAGCAACCCAGUCCAGAAGUUUAAAGGCUGCAUGUUAAUUUGUUUCACUACCUUAGUUUUUUCUUUAUAGCUCUAGACUUUUCAUGAUCUAAGGCCAACUCAGAGUUCCUGUGAUCCUGUAACCCAAUAAAGGUCUGUUCAUUGUUUAUGGGGGGUUGGGGCUUUGUCAGGUAGGAUUUGACAAUUCGACCGGUAGCUCCUGUAGAUCCUCCUUGUAUCCCAAGUUCAAGGGCCGUGGACAGAAAAAAAAUAAGGACUGAGGCAAUAUCCAUGGUUGAAUUCCCCGCCUAGCUAUUUAGGGUCUUUAUGAUGUCUACGUUGAAACCAAACACUGCCAAGAUCAAACCUUAAAUGACAGAGGCAAGUGCCUCGGUUUGCCUCAUACUGGCUAUGGCCCUGACUGUAGGAAAUACACUGCAUCAAUGAUCUGACUACUGGACCUUAAUAACGAGUGGAUUUGAAUUAGUGUAUUUGCUUUAAAUUAGUAGCCCGGGAAAGGUUUAUGCCAGGGGCGCUGUCAGAAAGGGACACCUUUUUCAUGCUUCAGGUAUGAAAGGAUAGGGAUUUCCUGAGGUAAAGUAUGUGACAGGGUAGACUAUCUGUCAUUUCGUUCUGUAAAAAGACUAACAGAAGAAAUUUGUGAAUGUAAAAUUGUCAAAAAAAAUUAACUGGUUUCUGAUUCCUUUAUAUUAAAAUGACAGUGCACAUAAAACAGUUAACAGGAAAGAUGCAUGUAAGGGGUUGGACCUCUGGGCGGAGUCUCACAGCGUGUACAAAAUUUUAUUGUAACAAUGUAAUGUUACAGUUGAGAUUGGAAAUUUACUUUAGUCACAAAACGGAUCAAACAUAUAGGAAAUGUCACAUGCACAUCACCUUUGACUGUCAGCAAAUGUUAUGCAGCUCACUAUGUUUGCUCCCUUGCAAAUAUGGAUAAUUAUGAUGCAAAUGUGCAAAUUUAUGAUACAGCCAAAUGUCUAGAAAUUUAUUGUUUUUGCUCUUAAGGCAAAUACGAGUAAACCACAUGCAAAAGUGUUCUUUUGGUAUCCUGGAAAAACAAGAGCAAAUACCACUGCAAAUUAGGGGUUUUGCAAUAUUUUUGCCUGCAUUUGAAGUAAAGUGAAAACUGUCAUUUUUGCCAAGGAUGUAAAUUUGAGUAAACUGGUAGAAAUGUUGAAGAUUUGCCCAUGCUGCAAAUAUGUAUCAAAUUUGUAUCAAACCAUUACAUUUACUUCACUUUUGCGUAUCAAUACCUAUCUAGCAAAUAUAUGUAUUUGCCCACACCUUAGCCGACAGCGCAAAUGUAAUGCAAAUUUGGAGCUCCAAAUUUACCACAUAUUUGCACCUUUCGCAAACAUUAGUAAAUCCGUUUUUUCGUCCAGUGAAAGUGUCGCUAAUCGAAUUUAAACAAUUCCAAAAUGACGCCUUGUCAGGAUUUAAAGCUAGUUCGUCGAAUUGUAAUGUUUUUUCUUUGUGGAAUCCUCUCUUCUUUGUGCCUAGGAGCUUUUUGUAAUUAUUCAAGGUUUUGUGAUAUCUUUCCCGCACUUCGGAGUUGAGGGGGUCACGGUGCUUUUCAUUUGAGACUUUUCGUAAUUCAUGCCUUUUCAAGCGACAUUCACAGUCGAACCAUUUCUUGUUGGAUGAUUUCUUAAUACGCUUAUAAGUUUUCUUAGCUUUAAUUUUUAGGCAUAGCUUGGAGGUCUCAGUUCGAAUUUUCAUAGCGUUUUCUAAGGAGAUAUUCACAUCUUCGGUGUUUCUCUCCAUAAAUUGUCUAAUUAGAAUUUGGAUUGGUUCCGUACGCAGUGCGUUUUUGAAUUUUAAAUGUGAGUCAACUUACCAGCAAAAUUGCCGUGGCAAUUUUGAUAAUCUAUUGCUACUAUUUGGAGUGUGCAUUUCGUCUCCAAUUAACCUGGUGUUAAGAUUGAGCCAUGCCACGAUGGCACUAUGAUCCGAUAAAUAAGAUGGCUGUUUAACAACAAAAUUUGCAACGUUGAGAAAUGUACACUGAUUACAUAUUAGAUAAUCAAUAACGCUCGUUCCGUUUUUUCCAUGAAAAGUGGGUCUGCCUAGGGUAUCUCCAUUAACUCUGCCAUUAACUAUUCUUAGGUCAAAAGUUUUACAAAUUUCCAACAGCCGUUUCCCAUGGCUAUUUAAAACAUUAUCAAAACUGUUUCUUUGAGUUGCCUGGAAAGCAGAUUCCGGCUGAUCAUUACUAAUUAUACUGUUUCCCUCCUUUGAGACAGUAUCAGAGUAUUUCCCGGUUCUCGAGUUAAAGUAACCCAUGAGAAUUAUUGAUCCUGUCGAAGAAAAACGUACUAUGUCUUGUUCUAGCUGAUCAAAAAUUUCGUUAUCGUAGUAUUUUGAGUUACAGGGGGGUAUAUAGACACCACAGACGUAAAUAUUCUUCACUGAAUUUAGAAAACGAUUCUCAAUUUUAAACCAAAUAAAAUGCUGAGUUGUUUUAGUGAUGGAAAUGUUUUUAUGGAAUUUGUUCUUAUAAAACAAAGCGAUUCCUCCGGAGUUACGCCCACCUCUCCCCGACUGAUUUUGGGUGGGACAUUGAAAAAAAGAUUUGUAUCCCGCAAUUUCCAGAUUAGAACAGUUGCGAAUUUCUGUUAACAAUAUAAAAUCGGAGUUAUUAAUAACACUCAAAAAAUCAGUAUUAUCUAACUUAUUUCCAAGAUAUUUCGAAGAAAGGCCAUUCAUAUUCCAACCGCAAAAGGACAAUGUGCUUGAAAGAUCGGGACUAUCUUCGGUGUCCGUAAUUGUAUAGAAAAAAAUAAAUAAAUAAAUGGAUUACUCUUUAUACUGGUAUAAAGUUUAUCAUUAAUACUUAAUUCAGUGUCAAGGGUAAGAUGAAAUUGUUCAUACAAAUGAUUUUAUAAAACGAAGAAAGGAUAUGAUUUCCUGAGGCAUUGCUGAAUCCGUUAAUUUGUUGGAGGGGCGAGUUUCUUCACCUGCAGUUUCCAUUUUAGCGGCCUGUGGAAACGUUUGAUGCGGUGUUUUGGAGUAUUGAUGCAUGCGAUAUAGUUGGUGGCGGAGCUGGGAGUAUCUGGUCCGGCAGGGUUUGCAUAGGAAGCUGGAAUGCUUUAUUUGAGGCAUUUGGUUCAUGAUGUAGUGAAUUUUGCAAUGGUGUUGGAGGUAUUCGUUGUGGAAGUUGUGGUGUGACAAAUGGUAACGGCGGAGGUUGAGUUUGAAGAAGGUGAGGCCAACGAGGCACUUGAGGUGGUGUGUUCUUUACGGCAUUGCUGUAUGAUGUGUGAUGUAAUAGUGGCUUGGGACCUUGGGAAGAAGUCGGUUGAGUUUGUGAGGAUCUUUGUCUUUGGGCUGGCAUUGUAUUAGAAGGAACUGUAGGUUUUGGUCUGGCACGACCGCGAAUUGCGUCCUUAAGGUUUUUGGCGAAAAAUUUUAAGUACCGUUUAAGAAUAUGUUUCUGAUCGUAAAGAAUAUUUGAUUGAUUCUCAAAGAGGUUGUCAUGUUUGACUAACUGCACAUUGGGUAAUCUUGAGCAGCUACUGAUCAACUGAUUGUUUAUUGAAGUUAUUAUUGGUGUCGGGAUGUCGCUGCGGGGAAGAAGUGUUGAGUAGAAUAUUUUGCUUGAAGGAAAUUUCGUUGAGGCUUCUGUGAUCAAUAUUAAGAUGUUAGAAAUAAGAUCUUCAGGAGAACUGGUUCUUUCUAGAUCGUUUGUUCCUGUGUGUAAUAUGAGUAGUUGGGGAGCAGUGUGGAUUUGACUUUGUAAGUACGAUCUAGCGUGUUCAAUCAGUGGAGUUCUAACAUACUUCACUUCCUGGUCUGAAGAAAACAUUUUUUCCAUGUCUAAAAACUUUCCAUUUGAAUCACAUAGAAAGAUCACUGCAUUAGAAUUAUUGGUGUCGUUGGUAGCAGGAGACUUAGGAGGGUGCUGGGAAUUAGUGUCUACGGGUUUGUUUUGUGGUUCUUUUCUUGGCGGGUUUUCUGGUAGAUCUUGAAGGGGAGAGAAAGGGUUUGAUGUUGGAAGAUUAACAAGCAGUAUCUCAUCUUCUGACCAUUGGUUGUCGUUUGAUGUAGGAAUGGCAGCUUUAUUCUUUGUGCUAUCAUUGAAUUUGUCGUCCAUUUCUUCACCAGAGGUCUGGCUCGACGUCUUAGUUGUUUCCGGCGGCAGUUGUAUUGUUUCCCAGAGGGCUUUAAUUUGGUCCUUAAGAAAGGUGAUUUCCGCUUCAAGCUGGUUCUGUGUUCUUCUCAUGGUUGCGUUAUCCUCCGAUAUUUUCGCAUUUUUCUUUUGAAGUGCUUGAUUUUCAUUCUGUAAUUUGGAAAUUAAGUCAGCGUGUUUUUGUAAAUCGUGAUUUAGAAGUUUAGUAUUGUUUUCCAGAUCAUCAGCAAGGCCCCCUAGGGUUGUUGUUUGUACUUUGAAAUUGUGAUCUAGUUGGGCAGCUUUGUCUUUUAGGUGCUCGAGGUUACCAGCGUUUGUUACUUUAAACUCCGUAAAAUCGGCUUCUAAUUUUCCGACGGUAUUUCGAAGAGUAGUUAAGGUGUUUAGCCUACUCGGUGUAAGGGAGAGUUCAAUGGGUGUUGACAAUUGCGUUAUUCUUGUAUUUCCUUUGUCUGCACUGGGUGUUUCUGUUUCUGUUAUGUCACUGACAACAUUUUCAGCAUUUUCCACGGUAGUGUCGUUUAGUUCCGAAGCCCUUGUGUCCGCAAUCUCACAUCCUUUGUACUUUGUAAAAAACUUUUGGAGUUUUAUAUGGAAUGUAGAUUUGUCCUUUGCGCUAACAGCGCAGUAGUAGUAGUAGUAGUAGUAGUAGUAGUAGUAGUAGUAGUAGUAGUAGUAGUAGUAGUAGUAGUAGUAGUAGUAGUAGUAGUAGUAGUAGUAGUAGUAGUAGUAGUAGUAGUAGUGGUGGUGGUGGUGGUGGUGGUGGUAGUGGUAGUAAUAGUAAUAGUAAUAAAUUGCUUUAUUUGCAUGACCGCAUCACUUUACAGUAUUGCAAAAGCAUGUAUAUGACAAUCAAAAUGAAAACAAAACAGCACUAAUAACAAUCUAGAAAAAUUCGGUUACAUUACUAACAAUGAAUCAAGUAUUUUCAUGCAGGAGGAGACAAACUUCAUAACUAACUUAUUUACAUGAUGUUCCUUCGAAUUCAUUAUCAGUUUUAUGCUUUCCGGAGAUGAUUUCUUGUCAAAGUCAGGUAUUAUUCGAUUGAUUUGAUUAAUAAAUGCCUGUCUCUGUACUGAGUAUUUGUUACAUUGAAAGAGGAAAUGAAUCUCAUCUUCUACCUGAUUUGAGUUACAUAAAGGACAUAAUCUAUUUUCUCUUUGGCAAAUGAUCGAUUUGGUAUCGACCAUGUUCAAUCAUAAGUUUGUGAUUACUUAUUUUAAAUUUAACAAAAUUCUGUCGUUCGUCAUAAUGUCUUAGCUGGUAGAGAUAAUCAGAUGUAGAAUAUUCAUAUUUAAAAGUUUUAUAAAAUUCUAGUUUUUUUUGAAUUUUCGAGGCUGUGCCGCCAAAAAAAAGAUAGAUAUUUCUCUCUCAUUUCUGUGGUAUAUCGUCUAAUUUUAUUAUUAUCUAGAGAUUCAGCAUCUAAACUGGUUAGAUUGUAUUGUUCAAGCAUGUUUAUGAAAUUGGAAAAAUAUCCGGAAUUAUUCAUAGAAUGUAGAUUCUUUGACAUAAGGAAAGACUGUUUGACUAUAGAGUCAUUAUCUUUGUUGUUGAGGUAAACAAAAUAUUUCAUAAUUUUCUGAUUUAUCGGGAUAAGCAGCGGCAGUCUAUCAAGUUCAGCUCUGCAGGCUAUGUUAGAGGCCUUAUUGUUAACCUCUAAGUAACGUUUACAGAAUUUGAGGUGGAUUUUUUUCUAUUGGGGAGCUAUCCCAUUUUUAAAAUCUUGCUUGGUGUACAUUCCCCACACCUCGCUGUUGUAACUCAAGAUUGGGAAUACCAUGGUGUCAAAAAUUUGGGAUGCAGUAUUAAGAUUAAGUUUGUUAAGAAUUGUCCGCUUCCGAAUACUAGAAAACGCGUGAAGGGCCUUUUCUUUUAAGUGUUCGAGUGCAAGUGUAAAGUUUCCCGUUGGAGUUAAACGUGUACCUAAAUAAGUGUAUUCUUGGACAAUUUCAAUUGACUCACUGCCUAUGUUGAAUUUGAUGUCAAUAGAUUUUUUUGGGCGUUUCUGGAAUAUCAUAAUUUUUGUUUUCUUGGGAUUAAUUUUUAGCUUCCAUUUGUCACAAUACAAAGAAAGCGCAUUUAAACAGUUCUGUAAUCCAGUUUUCGAUCUUGAUAGAAUAACUAAAUCAUCUGCGUACAAAAGUGAAUUUAUUUUUUUCCCAUUUGGGAGAACAAAUGGGUCAGAUAAGGUGUUUUCGAAUAAAAGUGGUAGAUUGUUUAAGUAGAGGUUAAAUAAAAGAGGACUUAAAAUACAGCCUUGACGUAGUGGUAGUGGUAGUGGUAGUGGUAGUGGUAGUGGUAGUGGUAGUGGUAGUGGUAGUGGUAGUAGUAGUAGUAGUAGUAGCAGUAAUCGUUUGCAUUUCGUACCCGGACGUAGCUCUGCCUGACAUAACCUUUGCUAGAGUUAUAUUUUUUUAAGCAUAACUGGAACUGAAUCUUUUCUUUGCGAGAAGUAGUAGUUACAUUGAAUGUUCACUUUCCUUUCCUUUAGCGCUUAUAGGCUUGACCAUUUGCCACCGUGUAGCUCUGCUCAGGAUGCAAGUUCUAAUCUCUCCACUGCUUGCCAUGCUAUUUACCUAAUGCAGUGACAAGCGAUACAUUGUCCGGUGUGAAGUUUCCGUGGACUUCUAUGGUAGAAAGUAAUAACCCUCUUUAUUAGAACCACUCAUUUGCUGCUCUGUUAACAUUUUCAAGUUCUGGGUAAAUGCCCUUUGCUCCGCAUGCUUGUCAUCUAUAGUUCAUCUUGAAAUGUGUUUUCUAGGAUUUCCUUUUCAGCGUGGUCGUCGCCACAUGCCACAUAUUCCAUCCUUGGGCUAUUCUCACUGUCAUGCCAUUAAUUUCAAACCGUUUGUGUUUUACCCUGACAAACCCAUUCAAGUGCAGAUAACUGUCAAUCAUAUGGAUACCAGUGACAAAUCGUAUGUCCAUGACGCGGCAGUAUCGUGGGUUGAAAAUGUGAAUAACGACGGAUUCACUGCUUGUGUGAUGGCGGCAGGAUAUAACGAACGAAAGUCGUAUGCUAACGUGACAGUUGAUUGGAUGGCGUACCAAGGUGCUCCAGUGGGUGGCGUGACUGGUGAAGUGCGCAUGUCACAGUGGUGGACUGGUACGACUUGUGCGACUGUCAGGUUUCCUACAUUGAGUGGCCUUUGUUGGGCUUUCUUGUCCUUUCCAUUCUUUUCACGAUCAUAUCUUUUGAAACGCCUCACUUCUACUGAGUUCACUCAGUUAAUAACAGAUCGUUUUCAAUAUGCAUCAGCAGUGAUUUGACGUUCUGGUGUAGCCGUACACUUAUUACCAAUCAAUAGUCGAACAAUGUCACUGUAGUACAAAUUAUUCUUUUACCAAUUUCCAGCAUAUCACAAAUGUCAUGGGUUCCUUUUUGCAAAAAUACGAAAUUAAUUCCUGUUCGUAGCUUUCUAAGAGUUGAGAGUUGCCUAACUCGCAUUUAUUUUUCAGGGAAAAUUCUCUGUGAUACCGUCGGUAUUUGUGACUGCCAAGCAUUACAAUCCAGGAUUAAAACGUGACGCAGCAAGCAUAUGGAUUGAAGAUGUCACACAAUCAUCCUGCAAAGUUUGCUUGAGAGAAUUGCAAAACUACGCUGGAUCACACCAAGACGUUGUUGUUGUAAGUAACGCUAAUCUCAUGGAGUCGAACGAACAGCGUUUUUCUUUGGAAACUAAGUGCAGCAGACUGGUAUCUUUCUCCAUCUCAGCUUUUCGCUUUUUUACGCUUCUAGCAGUUGGUCCAGCAGAGAUGCACGAUUUUUUGCUUGAAAAUAUAUUUCCCUCCAUCUGUUUCCUCUUCAUCCGGCUUUGUCAACCUGACCAUGCUAUUGCUUUCUUGUAACCUAAGAUGUCGGUGGCUGUUUUAUAUAAACCUUGUUGAGAGAUUACCAUUUAUAUUUUAUUUUCGACGUUGACACAAUCUUUUGGUAGUUAGGACGUGAGACUGAAAAAGAAUUCUUUUUUUCUAUUCUUAUUUAUUUAUUUACUUUAUUUCAGAAUUGGUUAGCGUUUUCAUAUCUUGACGAGCCUCCCUUCUCAGAACACAAUUCGAUUUACUUUUCGAAUGAUAAACCUCCCGCGCAGAGUCACUAUAAUGCCUUCUGCAAGGUCAGUAUUCCAGUCCUUUCAUUAGUCUUAUUGGUUUCAAUUCCCGUCACAGUGCACUUAAUUUUAUUGAAUAAAUUUACUAUCAGAGAGCAAAAGAAAACGGUUGCCCUAUCCUGUCUCUAGUGAUGGUAGUUGCAUUUAAUCAGUUUAGCAGGCUGCCUGUCAUACUUCAGUGAAUAUUUAAAAUGAAAAUGAAAUAUAGAUUAUAAAUACCCUAAUGCGGAACAAGUCUUUACCUUUAUAUAAAUGUCAGAGACUGAAUUUUUACAAUUAUGUAAUUUCUUUUGACAGGACGCUACUUUUACUAAAGUUUAUAACUCAACUCCACAUGUGUUUGUUUCUGCCAAUCAUUCCACCAAAAAUGGAAGUCAGAGUCCAAUUCAUAACAGCAUAGCUGAGUGGGUAGAGGUAUGUUUUUAGUUAUUUAUUUAAUUAUUUGCUUUUCAUUUAUUUUAUGAAUUUGUAUAACAUACCACUUGCAACCACACUUACAUGUGUUGUGUGCAUGUUUAAAAACCUUAUGAAAAUACGAAUGACUGUAAUUAACACUCUCUAUUUUACAAUACAGAAUGCGUUCUAUUGAGAAUAACAGCUUAUAGAACACAAAACGUGCAAAAAAACAGCUCAAAAGUUAAAUUUUAUCCGUUUAACUAACGAUCAGGAAUAACCCUUGGCUAGUAAAAUGGCCAUGAAUUAUGGAAAGUCGUUAAAACUGUGUUUAAAAAAAAGCUGUGUAGCUGUAUGACAGAAGGUAAGCAAAUGUUGUCAAACAAACAGCAAUGAGAAAACUAAAAUUGAUGUUAAGCAAGAGAGAAUGAGCUAAGAGAGCGAAUCCCUGUGCCCAAUGAUGAUUAUUUGAAAUCUAUUGAAAGUUCGCACGCGUGCGAUGAAGGUUAUUUUUAUAUGCUGUUUCCGUGACCCGCGCGGUCUACUUUCCCGUGAACGCGACAUAUUUCGCCUCCAACAUUUGACAGUAGUUGACCAAUUAUCGCAUGAGAGGUUUAAGUUGUUGACAUGUAAUAACGCGCACUCAAUUGUCCUCUUUCCUCUUCCCUUUGAAGCCCUGUCAUGCAAACUUGUUGAACAGGGUUGAUCACUUCUUGAUAUGUGUCAAACUGAGAAAUAUGGAAAGUCUUCUGGCCAAGACCUACCUGAACUGUUCUAUAGUUUUUUUUCUACUAGCAAGGGAGAAAAUACGCCGUCAGCCGUCUGUGUGAACUACUUACUGAGCUGACAAACAUCCCUUUCUUGCAGUACAUCAACAAGACAGGCUUUCGUGCUUGUGUCAAAGAAUUAUGUGAAGCAAAAUAUGACCCAUUGUCAGUAACGUACACAGUUUUGUCAGGUACUACUGCUAAAAAACUAAUCAUAAACUUCAGUACUUAGCAACUCUGUGAAUAACGAAAAAGAAAUACAAGCAAUAUACAAAAGGAAUGCACAAAAACUGGAAGAAAUAAGAAAAAAAAUUCGGGUGGUGGUGAAAAACAACGUUCAUCCCCUUUUCCAAAUACACAUUAAUGUGUAUAAUAGAGUGCUUUAUAAUACUUGCAGUUGUCUUUCUCUUAUGUAUUGCCUUUAUUUUGUCCUGAACAAAAAGCUUCUGCUUUUCCAUUUCCUUUUUUAAUCGCAAAAUCGGAAAUAACAAAAAUGGUCGAAGGGCAUAAUUACACCUAAAGCUAUAUAUACAUUUUAAGCAAUGUCAUUUUGCACUUCACUAAUUCCUACUUUGUAUACGCGCAGACAUCUGUCCAUCUGGGUGGGAUUACUUCAAUGGAUACUGCUAUUUAACAAGCUCUGUAUGCGCACCUUGGGUGACUGCUGUGUCCAACUGUUCAACUAUGAACUCACAUCUGGUAACAGUGCACAACCAAGAAGAAAAUGUCUACAUACAGCACCGUCAUAAUGGAGAGCGAUCAUGGAUUGGACUUAAUGAUGGAAGCGUUGAGGGAUCAUUUGUCUGGACAAACAAGGAAAUAACCAGUUUUCGGUUCUGGGCUCCGCAACAACCAAACGACUGGAAAAACGAAGACUGUGUUCACACUCUGGGUGCCAAUGAUGGCUACACUUGGAACGAUGUGUCCUGCGAUAACUGCUAUAACUUUACGUGUGUUCAAGGUAAAAGCGGUCAUCAGGUCCGUUUUACAACUUACAUUAAAUGAUCUGUUGGUUGGCACCUGAGGUAAUCUUAUCUUCUGCAAAGGGUUGUGGUUCACUUCAAUAUUUCAUGCUGCCAAAACGACAAAAAAACCACCCAAUGUUAGCGCGCAUGAAUGUAGUAUCAUCUUUCAGUCAUAGUUGGUAGAGAAGACUGGUUAUGAAAGCUGGCAAACGGAAUCAAAGCUUAAGAUUUUAACAUAGGUGCUGCAGUUUAUGUUGGUAGCUAUCUUCUUGUUUUCUCACAAAAUGCGAAUGAAUAAAGUUAGGCAAUGUUUUUAUCGCCUGUGUACAGACCCCCCUUGCCCUUUUUGAGGGGAGGGGGCGUCCGUACACAGGCUACGAUUUUAUUGGUGAAAAGGAUCAAAAUGAUAGGAAUGCUAUUGAACUUUUCACAUCGUCGGAUGAGUCCAAAAAAGGUAACCAAAAAAAAAACAUAUAUACUGGUAUAAUAAAGACGUUUGUAGGGCUUCGAAGGCACUCCACUUUUAUUAACUAUUUUUCAGUUUAUGUUUCAAACCUGACCGACUAUGUCAAGGUAAAAAUGGGCUCGCGACCGAGCUUAUUAGACAGUUGUUAAGGUGUCAUAACGUGAGGUGGAAGCAUUGUGUCCAGUGUUUGGUAAAAUUCAAAGAAAUUUCGCUUUUUCUUUUCAAGAGUUUUAUGAUGAAUUCAAGUUGAGAAUAUAAUUUCAGAAAAUAAGCACUUAGCAAGGUUAUCAACUAUAGAACAUGUGAGUGAAUGAAACACCGUGAUUUCUUUUAGAAAUUGACGAAUGCACAACUAACUAUCACAGAUGUAAUGUGAAUGCUGCUUGCCAGAAUACUGCGGGCUCAUACAAAUGUACUUGCAAAGCUGGAUACUCUGGAAAUGGCCGCAAAUGUGUUGGUAAGUACUGAAGUUUGCUUUAAAUGUCUUCCAUAUUUUGCCCUUUUGUUCGCAAACUGAUCAACUUAGUUGUCCUCUGUUCUGAUUUUAUUUAUAGACUAAAUAAAUAUGCUUUAUAGUGUAUACACAGAACUGUUAUGAUUUUUUGUGGUCGAAACUUUCUAAUUAGCCCUUAGUGGGUAUUUAAUCGGAAUUUUAAGCAGUAAAAGAAUAUUUGCACUAAUGUGUGGAACAACCUUUUACACGAAUUUUCAUUCCUUCAAUCGAAACAAUUACGAACUUCCGUUUGGGGACAUAUUUGUUUUCACUUUGAGAACUUCACUGGUAAUAACGUAAAAGUUUGAGUUGAUUUAAAAAAGACUCGAAAAUGAAAAUUUCACUUUUAGGCCUCAAGGUCGCCCCAAUUCAGACAGAAGGCAAUAAAAAGCCCCCAGAGGUCUGACAUGUCUUAAUAAAGGACAGUCGGGAGGAAAUGUCAGGGAAGGUAUUACCUUGUUGUUUUCGGCGCAUGAAAUCAAUGUUUUAUAAUUUUGUCUUUGUUUUUAGAAAUCGACGAGUGUAAGAGCAAAACCCAUAACUGUAACAAAAAUGCGUUAUGUAAGAACACUGAGGGGUCUUUUACUUGCACCUGCAAUCGCGGUUACAAGGGAGAUGGAAAGAAGUGUAGAGGUAUCUAUCUAGCGCUCUUUAAAGGUGGCUUUCCAGCGUCGCGUAAUUUUUAGGUGUGUAGGCUCUUUAGUUUUAAGUACGUAUAUAAAAUAACGGCUAUGUAUCAAAGGUUGUGCGUAAACGUAAAACUUGAACCUCGCUCAACUUUUACGCGCGGCCUUUCAUACAUUGCCUCCAGGGCCCUGACUGCCUCUAUUAUAUUAACGCACGUACAUUUUACUUGCGUACGCACAGAAAUAUUACGCGGCAGUGGAAAUCCACCCUAAGUUCUUUAUCACCUAACGAUAUAGUUUAUACAUCCAGCACGUGCGUUCAUUCCAUUGCUUGUAUUUAUUCUCCCUGGCACCGGUUGUUCAAACGCUGGAUAGCGCUUUGCAUCAGAUAAAUCACUACACAGUGGAUAACUAUUAGUAAAACUGACUGCGCUAUCUACUGCAUGGUGAUUUGACUAGCGGCUAGCCUUAUUCAGCUUUUGAACAAAUUGUCCAGGUAAUUUUAUAACACUACCAUAGCCACACAAGCCGUCGCGUUCAUCUGUAACGUAGAUUUCAAAGAAUAGAAUGUAAAGGAAGAAUUAUCAGUUUACUUGCCUUUUAAAGGUAAAAUAAAUGCAGUUUAUGAUUUUCAUUUAGAUAUCGACGAGUGUACAAGCAAAAUCCAUAAAUGUGACAGAAAUGCGUUAUGUAAGAACGCUGAAGGGUCUUUCACCUGCACCUGUAAACCCGGUUACAAGGGAGAUGGCAAGAAGUGUAAAGGUAAAUAUCUCAGUAGAACACGCAAUUAUCGCAUUCUCUGCUUUUAAUUUAUUAGACUGAGGCAAACACAUUUGUCGUGGAUUCUUAGCUGUGAACUGGAAUUAGCCUACAGUACGUACAGGCUUAAGCCGGGAAAUCUGUUCAAAUGCAUUAUUAUUUUUAAUAAUUUUCCUCCCUAGUAGCCUCAACUCUAAAUUACUUCUACUUCCUGCAACAGGAAUCACUGCUCAUCCGAAUGAAUAAAGCAAGAUCCGGGAAGCCGUUUACCUGUAUAUUAUUAGUCAGAUUUUGAGUCUCUUUUCACAGUUGAUCUGUAAUGUUGAUAUCUAUUUUUUUGUAGCGACACGCGGGCUGUUUUCCUACGAUCCCGCUCAAUCCUGCAAAGAAAUCAAGGACUUAGGUACCUCCAAUGGCGACGGGGAGUACUGGAUUGACCCUGGAAGGACUAAUAGUCCUUUUAAGGCAUAUUGUGACAUGACAACUGACGGAGGUAUGGUUUGAAUUGAAGCUAGGGGAAACCCAUUUUUUCUAAAGUAAGUUCAGGAAAUCCUAAAUACCUACCUUGAUCUAAUACCUAAAAACAUGGCCGAAACAGCAAAACUACAUCUCAUACUUGAAGAAUAUCUUCAAGACAAAGCAUCCCCUUGGAUCCUGAAUUUGCCUAGGAACAGGAACGUGAAAUCCAUCAGUUUAUCAAUUUUUCUUAUAACUGUCAAGUGUUACCAUGGAGAAGUUGUUUGAAUGAAUAAUAAUAUGCAUUUUUUGCGCCAAGCCUCGUUUUAGUAUCAAUUUCACACUAGCAAGCGCCUAGCGAGUCACGAAUUUCUUAGUCUCGGGUUCCUAGUUCUGUACAGUACCGCAAACGAUCCUCAAAGUAGACCGUAAAUGAUCCCCAUUGUCGACCGCAAGUGAUCCCGUGAAAAGUAGAGGACUGGAAUACUGUUUUAGGCAUGGAUGGUGAAUGUUCUGAGAGUUUGCACAUCGCGUAGAACAAUGAAUAAAUAAAACUGUUUCUUUUGGUACUUUUUUCUCCUUUCGUUAUUCAAGCAUUUGAUGUUUCGUUGCCGUGAAGAUUUAGGACAGGAAGGACGUUAAGAAGGAAAUUUUUCUUUCAUUUUAACGCCUAGGAAUAGGGAAAUAUGACCCCGGAAUAUGAUCCCUGUAUUUAUCACUCUGUACAGGUUUUUGGUUUAUUUCGAAAUACGCUUAGCAACUUAGCCUGGGAAGCGCCAGACGCAUUUCCGGAAAUGCGUCUGGCGCUUCGCAGGCUAUUAGUAACUACAACUCGUGAAAAUGUUGCGCCUAGUGGUAAGGACCCUGUCGGCGCAAACCUGUAUAUUCAUUUUCCGUGUCUUUACUGCUGGAGACACAGACAGUUACAAAGAUACAACAUUAGGGAAAGAGAAACGAAGGAACAACGAUUAAGGGGAAAAUUUUGUACCCAUGAGCAAAGAAUUAUCUUAAUGGGGUUCAGUCUACUAGAGCGAGCUUUUAUCUGGGUUUUUUUUUUCAGAGAUUUUCGCGGUUACAAAAGUUAUCAUUUUCUAAAGUUUAUACGAAGUAUCCAAAAGAUCGGAUUUGAGCAAUUUUUUCUUAUUGCAUCUAAUUGUUCUACAGUACGUGAGUUUUAGUUCAGUUAAGCUCAGGAGCCUAUCAAAUGGGCUCCUGUUAAGCUUUAAUGUUAACCAGCAGUUAAGCAGAGCUAUUGUUUUACUGGUUGCAUUUAAGUUCUUUUUAAUUUUUGUUUGCAUUUAUUUGUGUAAUGUUCAAGGUUUCUUUCUUUUUCAGUCUUGGCAUUUAUUUGUUAAAUUAAUUCAGUUGAAUUAAUUCGUUUUGUUACGAUAAUAAACGUGACACGAUGAACCAGUAACUUAAGUCCAGGCCAUUCUCGGAUUUCCCUCUCGGGAUCAUUUGCGGUCGACAAUGGGGAUCAUUUGCGGUCCAUUUUGGGGGAUCAUUUUUGGUCUGAGGACCACUGACGGUCACGCGGGAUCAGUUGCGGUACUGUUCAGUUCGCCUGAGUAAUAUUGUAAAACAUUGAUAUAAAGGCUCACAGCGGGUAGCCUCCCAAGUUUUUAGGGGUUCGUCACGCGUUCCUGCCCAUGGGAGGCUACAUCUGGGUUUCCGCCGUGUGAAUUAUUUUGAACUGAACAUUACUGCUUGCUUUGGCCCACAUGACUUGAUAAACCAAAUGCAAUGAUAAACAUUUAUCGAAUUUCAGGGGGAUGGCUUCUUGUAUCGAACGUUGUUUCGCACGGUUCAUCUCCCACUCAGUUGCCAGUUAAGACAUCGUACCGCGGAGUAAGCAGCAAAGAAAUGGUACUCACAAAAAGCGCCAUGAAGGAGCUGAGGAAGCACUUGCAUUUCACUCGGAUAAGAUUCCGCUGCAAAAAAAGAGGAGGUCGUACAUUUCACAUCACCACGGCUGCUAACAGCAAAGGUGAGACUGCUGUGAAAUACUUCAGUGGUGAGACAGAUGUGAUGCCUGCCUCUUGCGGCUCGUUUGUGCUCAUGAGCAAUGAUAACUCGCGGUUAGCAAGAACCUGCAAGGAUUGGGGAUACCAAAGAGGUUCUUUCAAAGUUGGCAAAUGGGGGAAUGAAAGAGAUCAGGAUCGAUUAUACAACCACCCUGCUUUUGUAAUGGUAGCUUACCACUGGCUUCUUAUAUCAUCUAGCAGGUGGGAAUGCGACGAUUAUAAUGUGGGAGUGUCCCCUGGCGAUUUUUGGAAAGUCUUUGUGCGAUAG